GUGCUCGUUCUAGUUACCAACCUGCGCCAUAUUUGAAUAUGUCAUUACAUUUGGCGUCUCUCGUGUGCUUUAGUGUCUCCGCGCAUCACAUCUCGAAUUUUCGACUUCAAAAUAAUCUCUGGCUUUUAUGAAUUAAAGCAAAUAAUGUGAGCUCAUCUUUUCUGAUAGCUUAAUUUUUGACCACCUCGUUUGUCGUUAAUAUCCUCGAACACAUGCGUUCACAUGCAUGUUGACCUCGGGCGUCAUGCAGACACUUCCGGUCAAAGCUUCUGUGUCAUUGCAAAGUUUCUUUAAAUCAUGUUCUACAGAUAUUUUAAACAAAUGUUUUGUUCAAUGUUUCAUCGGAAGUGUUCUUGGCGGAGGUAUUCAGCUUUCACUGGUAGUGUCACAGCAGCAGUAACAUGGUAUUCUAUGUCUUAUCCCAUAAAAUUAUAUCAUAUUUCUUCUACAGAGACGACAACUAAGCCGCCAAUUCAUCGAAAUAUUGACUUUCCAUUAUUAUUCGCUUUACAAUUACAAUUAGAUUGUACAAUUAGUUUUAUAAAUCAAUUACUUAAAGAAUUUCAAACACUUUUAAUUAAUAUGGAACAUCUUGCUGUAGAAUAUAGUCAAAUACAAUCAGCCUAUAAGGAUAUUGAUUCUGCUAAUAAUAAUAAUGAAGAAGAAAUUGGUGAACUCCUCUUAGAAGUUAGAUCUCAAUGGUCAAUAUUAACUCAGAAACUUGAUAAUGCAGAGAUUGUUAUUCGAUCAGCUAUGAAUACACUGCGUAAUUCGCUGGAAACUGCAUUUCUCUGUGAAGAAUAUCUUAAAACUACAAUAACAGCAACGUCUAACUCUAUCGCUGAUGAAGGCAUUUCUACUACAGGUCAAAGUGGUUUACACUUUUAUCAUAUUGAAAAAGAGUUUACCAGCCUUGUAGAGAAACGUAAAGAGAUUUUCCAGUUGUGGACUAGUCAAACAGCUGAGCAUAUUAAACACUUUGGUAAAUCAUAAAAAGAUGAAGGUAUUUUAGUACAGAAAAACAAAACACACAUAUUUUACUAAUAAAUUGUCUAUAUUUGAGUACUCUUCACUUCUUCCCUUCUCCAUGGUUCUCUAUUUUUGUUGUUUUUGU